GGCUCAGUCGCGCGAAAGUUCGCCGAUAGCGCCCCAACGUAGUGCCGCGCUCUGCGCCUGCCUUCCAGGAUCCAGUCAUGUUCCGCUCCCUGCCUUUCCUCUUUGGCGCCGUUUCGGCAGCCAACCUCCGCAGCAACGUCUCGCAGUCAUUGGUGCAUCAGACUUCCGCCUUGUCCUUCUACCAAGAGGAGCCGCAGUGCCAGUGCAUGGCCAACAAUGCAGCCUGGAAGAAAACCACUCGGGAGGAGGCUAAAUGCAUUUUUAUUGACUUGGGUGCAGCAGAUGGCAACACCUUCGCCAAAUUUAUCGAGAACGACUACGGGCCCGUGAAGAAUUGCCCCUCGGGCAAGUGGGAGGCCUUCCUGGUGGAGGCGAACCCGCAAUUCACCAAAGAGCUGAACGCUCUUCAAGAGAAUUUCCCUGGCCAGGUGCACUCGCUGGCUGAGCACGCCGCCUUCUCCUGCGAGGGAACCACCAGCUUCUUCAUCGACGCAGACGCAAGCCACAACCACUGGGGUUCCUCCCUCAUGUCCGAUGCCCCGGACGCGGUGAAGAGCGGAAAGGUGAAGGUCACCGUGCCAAUGCUCAACGUGGUGCAGCUGAUCGCUGAGCAUGUCCGCCCAGAUGAUUGGGUGAUGCUGAAGGUGGACAUUGAGGGCGCAGAGUACAACUUGCUGCCUUGCCUGGCUCAGUUUAAAGAAGCAGGGUUGGUGGACCGCAUGUACCUGGAGGAGCACUGGUGGUUUCCCUCCAUCACCGAAAAGUCCAAGAGCGCUCUGGCGGAGAGCAAGAAGAACCUCAUGUCCAUGCACGUGGACAUCCCCAAGUACUACAGCGCCUCCUGAGCAGAGCGAGCAAAUCACGGCUUGGCCAAGCCCAGAAG